UCCGGGCACCGCGCUCACUUUCUGCAAGACACUGCAGUUAUUGUGUUAUUGAAGGCAGUCCGCAUUGUGUGUUUCUCUCGGUUUCCAGUAUCAAAUUGUUAUAAAACAUGUCAAUAGUUACAGUGCAACUUGGACAGUGCGGAAACCAAAUUGGCUAUGAGUUAUUUGACGUUAUCCACAGCGAUCUUCACAAUAAGACCGGGAUCUGCUCUAAGAGAGAAAAUGAUAACUACCAGGCAGUUUGCAAGGAAAGGUUUUUCAGUGAGGAGGAGGAAUCUGGAGAUUAUGUAACUCGUUCUGUUCUAGUUGACAUGGAGCCUAAAGUAAUUUCUCAAACUCUAUCAAUGGCAGCUCGAUCUGGAAAAUGGAAAUAUGAUCACAAGUCACAAUUUUCUCAAAAACAGGGAUCAGGAAACAACUGGGCAAAUGGUUACUGUAUACAUGGUCCAAAACACAAAGACCUCGUUAUGGACCUAGUUCGAAAGCAGGUGGAAAAAUGUGAUCGUUUGGCUGGUUUCUUCACGAUAAUGAGUAUGGCUGGAGGGACAGGAUCUGGCAUGGGAACAUAUGUCACCCGGUGUUUACGUGAUACAUAUCCUAACUCAUUUCUACUCAAUCAAGUAAUUUGGCCUUAUGGCACUGGAGAGGUUAUUGUUCAAAACUACAAUUCUAUACUGACUCUCUCUCGCCUCUACCAGUCCUCUGACGCAUUACUAGUACAUGAGAAUGAUGUAAUCCACAAAAUUUGCUCUCAGCUGAUGAAUAUAAAACAGAUAUCCUUUAGAGAUGUAAAUAAAAUCAUUGCUCACCAGCUGGGCAGUGUAUUUCAACCAGCAUACACUUCAGAAGGAGCCUCACAUUACAGCAGGAAUCCUUUAGGAGAAUUAAUGGAGUGCCUUGUUCCACACCCUGAAUUUAAGAUGCUAGGUCUCCGUAACAUUCCUCAAAUGUCUGAACACUCUAUGGCAUACAGUACAUUCACUUGGCAAGGGCUCACCAAACAUUUGAGGCAAAUGCUCAUUGCUAAUGCGAAAAUGGAAGAAGGGAUUAACUGGCAAGUGCGACCCCCGUCUCAGCCUACAGCAGAAAACGUGUCACCAAAAAGGGAACUGCUUUUCAAUACUUCCCUCGCUAACUUAAUAAUCCUCCGCGGACAGGAUGUGCAGCGUGCUUCUUUAGAAGGAUUCCAGGAUCCAUCUUUGUACACCUCCUGGUUACCUUCAGAUGAUGCCUGCAAUAUAUGGAAAACACCAAGAUCUUUCAACAAAUAUGAGAAGUCUGCUGCUUUGGUUAGCAAUAGUCAGUGUUUGCUGAAACCCUUAGAUACAAUUGUUAGCAAGGCAUGGAACAUGUUUUCUUCAAAAGCGUAUGUGCAUCAAUAUACAAAGUUUGGCAUAGAAGAAGAGGAAUUCUUAGAAAGUUUCACAACACUUGAACAGGUUAUUGCCAGUUAUUCAAAUUUAUGAGUGUUCUUCGGCUAUACAUUGUUUUGUUUUUUCCUGUUGCUUUUUUUUUUUUUUUUUUGAGGGUUAUUCAAUAUUUAUUCAAAUUUGAUACUUUGAAUCUUAAUAUAAUGUUUUAUGAAUUUGUCUAAUACCAUAGGCAAGAGCCUAUUCAGCAGCACUUUGACAAAUUAAAAUAAUCAAUUA